AUGGCACAUAUUAGCAACGCCUCUUCAUCUCGCUGUAAAUCUAGAAUUUUCUUUCAAUAUUCCAGACUAAAAUUCCCUCCUCACAUUUCAUUCGUGUCCGGUUCCUGGGAAGCCCAUGUUGGAUUAUGCCAACCAGAUUUACCCAAUUAUCUCUUCUUCCUCUCUCUAGUUAUUCCACACUCUUUCUUUCUCUCUCAUUCUCACUCUCUUUUUACCUUCCUAAUUGCUUAUUUCUUCUUCCAAUCUCCCCUCUCUGAUUAUUUCUUCUUCCUUUUUGUUAUCCACUCUGUCUCCCCCCUCUCUCUCUCUGUGCCUACCCACAUAGAUGUUUUUAAUUCUUCACUGAUUAUCUAUACCCCUCUCUCUGAUUGUUUCUUCUUCCUUUCUCUUGUUAUCCUCCCUCCCUCUGCCUCUCUCUGUCUGUCUAUUUUUAAUUCCUGGCGCUAUCUCUCUCUCUCUCUCUCUCUCUCUCUCUUUGGUUAUCCCACCUUUUCUCUCACUCUUUCCAUCUCCCAUUGGUUAUUUCUCUUCCUGUCUCUUAUUCUCUCUCUCUCUCUCUCUCUCUCUCUCUCUCUGUGGUUAUUUUUAGUUCCUCUCUCUUUCUCCAGGGUUAUUUCUCCUCCCUCUCUCUUGUUAUCCUCUCUCUCUCUCUCUCUGAUUAUUUAUUCUUCCUCUCGCUCUUUCCCUCUCUCUCUCUCUCUCUCUCUCUCUCUCUCUCUCUGUGGUUAUUUUAGUUCCUCUCUCAUUCAUCAGGGUUAUUUCUCCUUCCUCUCUCUUGUUAUCUUCUCUCUCUCUCUCUCUCUCUCUCUCUCUGAUUAUUUAUUCUUCCUCUCGCUCUUUCCUCUCUCUCUCUCUCUCUCUCUCUCUCUGAUUAUUUAA